AGUUGGUAUCUCUCUGUUCUCGAUUGAAGAUUCACAUUCACAGUAUUCGAGUAUUCUAAAAAGCUAUAUAUCACCUCUGAUAUAUAAAUCUACUCUCUUUAUAUUUAUAUAUACACACGCCUCAAAAUCAAUGGCGUCAAUGUUUCUCCGACCAAUGUUGCGCCCGAAUACGUUGGGCGUCGGAUUGGGCCUGUCCAUGUCAACAUUCGCCGUCUACAGACAACGCCCAAUGAAACUCGACUCAAAGCGACUCUUUUCUGAAACCCAACAAACGGCUGCCCAUAAGUCAUCUAAAGGAAAUGCCUUUAUAAACCCGAGCAGCGUGAAGCAGAUCAGCAGCGGAAGCGUCUUUGGACUAUGUGCUGGGCUGGCUGUUAGCACCUUCUCAAGGCCUCUUGCGCUAUUACUGGGUUUAUUAGUCGUUGCCAUUCAGUGGGCUGCAAGCUAUGGCAUCCACGUGCUGCCGUACGGUAAACUACGCCGCUAUGUUACAAAUGUUGAUCUGAAGUCAGCCUUGAAGAGCAAUGUUGCCUUCAAGCUGUCCUUCGGUAUGACUUUUGCCAUGGCAGCGUUCAUGCAUUUCUAGUUUCCAAUCGUCUCCCGCCAAUUAAGGACCGGGCCAAUAUAUCAUAGAUGAGAUAGAUCCCUCACCGGAGCGUGGAAUGGCAAUCAAAUUUGAUGCAACCGUCACCGUUAUUACGAAGUAUAUGCAAAAUUUGACCCCCGGC